GCAGGUAAACAGGCUCGACAAGAAACUCUUCCUCUGCUGCUUGGUUCCGAGAUACAAAUAUGGCGUCCGCCGUGCUGAAGGUUGCAGUGGCAGGUCUGUCCAGAUGUUCUCGUCUCACGCUCUUGAGGGCACAUUCAAUGACAGCACCGCUCCAUCAGGGCAUUCCUGGGUCACUCUGGAAGCUGGGAAGGCUGAACCACAUUGCCAUCGCUGUCCCUGACAUGGAGAAAGCCACAGCUCUGUAUCGGGACGUGCUGGGGGCCACAGUGAGUGACAAGGUGCCCUUGCCUGAACAUGGCGUCUACACAGUGUUUGUGGAGCUCGGCAACACUAAGCUGGAGCUGCUCCAUCCUCUGGGGGAGAAGAGCCCGAUUGCUGGUUUCUUACAGAAGAACAAGUCUGGAGGGAUGCACCACAUUUGUAUUGAGGUCGAUGACAUCAAUGCUGCAAUAGCCGACCUGAAAGCAAAGAACAUCAGAACUCUGUCUGCAGAGCCACGAAUAGGUGCUCAUGGGAAACCAGUGAUGUUUCUUCAUCCGAAAGACUGUGACGGUGUGCUGGUGGAGCUUGAAGAAGCGUGAAUAACUCAGUCUGAUGGGGACUGCGGGAGCUGUUAACCCACAUUCAUAUAUUCUAAAGUCAGUCUGAUUAUCACCAUCAUAACAAAUGUUGAUUUUGUAAUAUUGUUCCUCAUAGCACUUAGGUUUUGAUUUCUCAUUUCAGGGAGGUGCCUCAAAGUUGUUUUUUCCAGUUCUGCCUCAAUGCUGUUCUUGCUUGGAAUAGAUUAUAGUGUUGUGUGUGUUUUGACAGUUUUCAUAAAGUAUAAUUGAAAUCAAUGUUCAAUGAAUGUCCAUUCGCAUUUGACUUAGGAGUUUAACUUCACUCCACUAUCCCACAACACAUCUGUAGUAGGAUGACAUUAUAACUAGUAUCCAGCACGUGCUGCAGGAAGAAACUGAUUUAUACACAUUUUUGAAACAUUUUGAAUAUCUAGAAUGCAGUUCCAGCCAAUGAGUUCAGAUUAAGUAAAAAAAAAAACACAGA